UAAGAAAAACUAACUGCCGCCGAUGUUAAGCUAGUAACACUUCGGCCUUUCUUAAAGGAUCUCACAACCCACAAUUAUUUGCUUAGUAAAGUUUAUUUAGCGAACAAACAACCCACUCAGAGCACAUAUUUCGUUCUAAGUUAGAUCGAGAAAUCCUCACACACGGCUGUGGUAUUGCUAGCCGGUGUGCUAGCAUCCGCCUCAGAAAUGUCGAAUAUCUCCAACGAAGCUGUGAUCUUGAUUAAAGAUGUAAAACCCGGAUCCAAAAACCUUAAUAUCGUCUUUAUAGUUUUGGAGAUCGGUCGGGUGACGAAGACAAAGGACGGGCACGAGGUGCGCUCGUGUAGAGUGGCGGAUAAGAGCGGCAGCAUCGCCAUCUCUGUGUGGGAUGAGCUGGGCAGCCUCAUCCAGCCCGGGGACAUCAUCCGCCUUACGAGAGGGUAUGCUUCGAUCUGGAAAGGGUGCCUUACACUGUAUACUGGACGAGGAGGAGAUCUACAGAAAAUAGGAGAAUUCUGUAUGGUGUAUUCUGAGGUUCCAAAUUUCAGUGAGCCUAACCCUGAGCUGCUAGCACAAGCUAACCAACAGAACAAGACGAGUAAAGAACAGCGUGGAAAUUCUCCACCAAAUCAAAAUGCAGGUAAUGGAACUGUGCCAGUGUUUUCCAAUAACAAUGCUGCACCUGUGCCACGGGAUCCAAACUUUGGGGCUUCAGGAAGACCAAAUGGGCGUGCUCCAGGCAAUGGACCACCCCCAGUAACUGCAGGGGGAACCCCUGCUCCACCCAAACCCACAGUCACCAUUAGCAAUGGCAGGGACCCAAGAAGGGCUUCAAAGAGAUGAGACUUCAAAACCAUUUCCAUGUUCCCACUCCUUUCUAAAAUUCAUCCACAAACCAUCCUUACAGAACACAAAACAAUACUGCCAAAAGAUACGAGGUUUAAUGCUACUGUUUUGCCACAUGUGCUUUUGUUAUUUGCAAAGUAUGAUUAUUUGUUUCACACAAGUAUAGAGUUCAACUUGUCCCAGUUAAGGGUAGGCCUUUUUUGCCAUUUAAGUGCUGAUUCAGUGGCCCACCGCUGCUUCCCUUUUCCUAAAUGUUAAACUAUACACCAUACUUGAACACUCGAUGCACUUUCUUUUUGUUUAUCAUGAAUGCAUUGCCAUGCCAUUCAGGAAUGAUUAACUGCUGUUGGAAACUGGGGAAUGAACUUCAAAGUGACUGAAGACUACAUGGGUUCUUCCCUUUACUCCUUGGCCAAAAAAA